GUUUCUUAAUUCAACGAUAUAAAAUUAAGCAAUUACUGCCUUGUACGAAUUUUUUUACACGAACAAUCCUGCGAACAAUCACGAUUUAUCCUGAUCUGCAAUCCCAACCAGAUCUCAGAUGGCGAGAUUCCAAGGCAAGGGGAGGGAGUAUCAAUCAUCGGGAUCAUUAGAUGCGGUGCGCGAUGAGAGAAGAGCACGAUCCAUCGAGAAGAGGAAGGGGAGGGGAGGGAGUCGCAUGAGGCGGCGCGUGCACGCCGCUCGUUUCUCCGCCGGGAAAUUCCUCUAUCGUCGGCCUCUCGUGGGCCACUGACGCGGGUCCGACAUCUCGUGUAAUUCGCAUGGCCAUAUUUCACCACCACGCCUGUGCAGAUCCUUCGUAGUGGGGCACAGCUCUCUUAGACCCUCUCUCGACGAUUUCAAUAAAUUAUCAAAACAACGUCCGGUCCGCGCCGCGUAUUAACGUGAGAAGGGAUGAAGAGAAACGGCGACGUGUACGAGGCGAACGAGUUUAAAGCGGCAAUUUGCCCCUCGUAUCCAUCUGUCAAAAGGCCACCACGUGUUAUCCAGGGAUGGGAUCGAGUUGCGUGCUUAUCUAAGAAUUGCUCGAUCUUCCUCUGCCUGCACUCGAACAGGUUGCACUUCGGCUCGAUGAUUCCUUGGUUGGAUCCAUCGUUCCCCUCUGGAAUCGCGGUUCGAGACCGUCGUCUCACAGCUGUUGCAACAUUUGACGCGUCGACGUGGAAAUCUCACGAACUCGUGGUUGGCUAUCGAUAAAAUUGCUCUCGAUGACGCGAAUCGAUCGUUACACCAGGGUUAAAAUGGAUUCUGCCUCGAUGGAGUGAACGGUGAAAAAUUUAAUCGCCAAGAAUGACGCUGUACCUAAACUGAAAAGGAAAAAGAAAAAAAUAAAGAUGAAUAACGAAGAAUCGUGUGUUAU